CCUCAACACCAAACCAUCAUGGCCAUAGACUCGACGAAACCAGCACUCAGCACAGCAUGAAUUGACGCCAUGACGGACCAUCAGAGAGUCCUCGAUUGGAUCGAAACAUUGCUCGGUUCCCCCCAAGCCGGUUCUCCCCAAGAAUCUUCACUGCGACAGCCGACAACAAUCCCAUUGGGUCGCGGCAGUAAACGAACGACAUUCCAAGAGCCCAGCCCGCCGCCGACCGAAGAGAAUAUGGAAAAUACACCGACCGGGAAGCGACGGAAACUCGAUGUCGACAGCACGCCACGCGCCAGCAACCAGCGGGCACCCAGCUUGUCCGCAGCAUCGUCCGCCUCAGAGCCGUAUUCCCUUCCCUCGCGAUCAUCUUCGCCGCUCAAACGACAGGUCAUGGGCCUCAGCCUCGACGACACAGGGUUCGAUUCACGCCAUCUAGACAUCGAUAAGCCACCGGUACUCAGCGCCGCCCAACUCUUCUCCGCUCUCGCCGACAUCAGUGACGGCGACGGCAUCCUGCCCUUCGACCGACGCGACGAGAUUCUCGACAGCUCCGAGGUACGAGAGAUGGGGCAUCGCCGUUGGAAAAACGCAUUCAGGGAGUCAGCCGAGUUUCAACAUCUCCCAGGCCGCAUCCCAUCGCCCCAAGAGGUAGCAACAAUCUUGAAGAGGGCAACAGACUGCCAAGAACUGGGACACGAAGAAGCGGGCUGGAAUGAAGAGGUCCACGGCCACCUCUUGGCUGCAGUCUUCAGGGGACCUCUCGAUUUAGAAGAAGGUCUUUUCAACUACACCAAAUGCACUACUGUUCGCCCACACAAAAAUUUCCUGCCGAGAUCGAUUGGAACAAAGAUGAUCGACUAUUGCAUUUAUGCUGAUCCGAGUCGCAACGACCCUGCCCUCGCACACACGCUCCAAUCACUCUGCGAAAAGACACCGACGCUCUCUGUCAAUCAUGUCGUCCAUGUCAAGCGCCUGCAGUUGCGGCCAAUCGUGCUGAGCAUUGAGACUAAGGAACCAGGCCAGAACUUGAACGCCGCUGAGGUGCAAAUGGGCACUUGGCAUACAGCCCAGUGGACAUUCCUGCGAUACACGGUUCUCCUGUUGCUGCGGAUCAACACCCAAGGAUCCCUCACGGAUGACGAGUACAACAAGCAGGUAGACGAGGCCAUGUCCGAGCUACCUUUUGUACCCGGAAUAAUUGUAAUGGGCCACCGGUGGCUUUUUGUCAUGUCAACUCAGGGCGUGGGCAAAAAGAUUCAGUUCUGGACGGAGUAUGAGUUUGGCAGCACUCAUAACAUCAGGGAUAUAUAUCAGAUCAUCUCGGGACUGAGGGAGCUUGCUUCAUGGGCGGAAACGGUUUACUUGCCAUGGUUUCAGAAGCAUAUUCUAGAUAAAGUUGGAAGUGAGACGAGUAAUGACAAGACAUGAAUAAAUGAUAAUGGCAUAUUGAUAUCCUUCGAUGUACAACUGUCACCUUGAGGACUCUUGUCUCUGGAUAUGGAACGUGAGACUGGGGACGAGCUACUAGGAACAAUAAAC